AUGAAGCGGGACCUGCUGAGCAAGUACUUCGAGCACUUGCAGGACGACAAGUCUGCCCGCAACCAGAAGUUCUCCCCGGGAUAUGUAACCUUGCAAACAAGGUCCUUCUGCGUGCUGAUAGAUGCCUGCUUCCCACGUGGGGGCACCAAAAACAAGCGCAGCAGGGAGCGGAUGCUCGAGCAUGUCAGGGCCCUUGGAAAGACCGUGUCCCUGAAACGAGCACAGGAAGGGGCCGGUGUUCCGGAUGUUCGCGGUGGUACCGACCUUGAGGAGCCUUUAACGGUGCCGCAGACUGUGGCUUCGUGCUACAAUUGGCAAAAGAAAAUCAAGAACCUGGUGACCAAAAUCUCCUUGCUGGAUGUAACGACCCCAAAGAGCAAUCGCAGGUACAUGAAGUACAAGCUUGCAUCGCUCCGCGCUGCCAUGCUUGUGUUUGGUUUUAUUUUCCAAACUACGGAGCGGUUGCAGACAGCUCACAAGCUAGUGCUUGGCCGCACUUUGUUCUGGGACGAGGAGCGUGCGGCAUAUUUCACUGUGCCUCUGGGAGAGCAGCCGCGCAAGACCGAGAAAUCCAAGCGGAUGAAGCGCGGCUACUUUGUCGCAAAGAAGCCCCUGAGCACCGCUUGGUCCGAGCCGAUGAACGAUUACCUCUCCGUGGAUUUGCCUCUGUUGAAAAAGUAUUUCCAGAAGCUUGAAGGUGCUCUCCUCCAGCCGCCAAGGAGGGAGGGCGAGGAAGCGCCCUUUCUUCUGUUCGAUUACGAUGCCCUCAUGAAGUUGGUAGGCAAGGUCGGCCGUGCCAACGUGACCGAGAUCCGAGCGGCCGUGGAAGCGUUCCUCUUGACGGGGGGGCGAAUUUGGAGCAAUUACGGCCGAGGCGAAUUCUUUGCAGGUUUUUCUGGGGCACUCGGCCCAGGUGAGUGCCAAGCACUAUCACCUGCAAACGACAAACCGAAUCACCAAGAAGUUGCACCAGGCUUUGGAUUCUUCUUUGUCGAAGUAGCCAAGAAAGUCGCCGAGCUCCAGUUGUACAGCUCGCGGGCGGCACCAAUGGCCAGUAGGUCCGCCUCUGUUCGCUUCUUCGUCCUACGUGGUCCGCCUCUGUUCGCUUCUUCCUCCCGCGUGGUCCGCCUCUGUUCGCUUCUUCCUCCUGCGUGGUCUGCCAGUGUUUGCUUCUUCGUCCUGAGUGGUCGGGGCCUUAGCUUUUCAGCCUUACUCUUCCUUGUCUUCUGGUCGCAUUUUCAUUGUCAGCCUUUUGCACCUUACUCUUCCCUGUCUUUUCAUUGUGAGCCUUUUGCACCUUACUCUUCCUUGUCCUCUGGUCGCCUUUUCACUGUCAGCCUUCUGCACCUUACUCCGCCUUAUCCUCUGGUCGCCUUUUCAUUGUCAGCCUUCUGCACCUUGCUCUGCCUUGUCCUCUGGUCGCCUUUUCUAACUGCUUUAGCAGGAAACGUUUGA